AUGUGGAUGAUCGGGUUUUACUCCGCUCGUCGUCAGGACCCCAAAACCUCGCAGCUCUCUGCCCAAAAAUCAAAACGAGAACCCUCAUUUCCAAUUCUCUCAAAUCUCAGCAAUGGCACCACCGCCGCGAGAUCAUUUCUCCGAUCGUCCUCCUCCGUCCGCAGCGCCGCUGCCAAGAUCGCAUCGAAGCCCAAACCCUCCCCCUCUUCAUUUCGCCUCCCAAAACCCAUCGCCGCUCCUCGAAUCCUCAGGUCUCCAGUUGAGAUGAGCUUCUGCGUCGAAUCGCUGCUCCCGAUGCACAGCGUGACCGCCGCCGCGCUGAUGACCUCCAUGCUCUCCGUAUCCCGAGGGGGUUACGGUUGGCUCAUCGAAGGUCUGUGAUUUUCCAUCACCAAGAGCAUUGGAGAGGGGGCUUUUCGUUAAUCUUUCAUUCGCCUUUUCAAUUUUGUCACGUGACCAAAAAAACAGAUGGUUAAUAUUUGCUUAGAUGCAAGUUUGUGAGACGCUCAUAUUAUAUGCUUGGAGGCUUAAGACUCUUUGUGUUCUUGCAUUGUAGAUGGAUGAGUAUUUGAUUCGUUGGGAGGACUUCAACCGUGGUUAUAUCUGUGGAUUUCUCAUAACUGUAACUCUCCACCUCGGAGAAAGUGGUUUUAGUUUCGGAUCA